AUGCCGAAAGAUACUAGCGACGAGGCGCGCUCUCCUCGGAAACGCAAGGUGCAAUGGGCCGACGAGGAUGGCGACAGCGAUGACGAAACGAAAGUUGCUACCGUCGUAUCGUCUGACCGAAAGUCAGAUGGGGGUGACGCCGCUUUUUCCAGCUCUCACGUCGACGAGCACGGCAUGCUCGUUGCCACUCUGGCGCAUGCGCCAGGAGGCUCCUCCGACCCCUCGAGCAAGCCAGCGCAAAAACCGUACCUCUCAUCCGAAAUUUACAAUCCGAUUGAAUACAACGACUUCCGCUCGUACAUGAAGCACAAGCGCGCCAAACUCAAAGUCCAAGAAGCUUCCCUCCUCCAAGAGGAAGAGGAUCUGUUGCGCGUCCAGGACAACGAGAAGCACGACAGCCUAGCAGCCGAAAUCGAAGCCGCCGGCGGAAAACGCUCAGAUGCUCUCAAAGGCUGUUGCAUCUACAUCAAUGGGCAGACCCAUCCUCCCUAUAGCGAGCUCAGGCGCCUCCUGGUGCUACACGGCGGGGAUCUCAUGGCCUACCUCGACCAAAAGUCGCCUGUCACACACAUUGUUGCUUCCAACUUGACUCCCAAGAAACGAAUCGAGUUCAAGGAUUAUAAGGUGGUGCUGCCCGGCUGGAUUCUGGAGAGCAUUGAGCUCGGAAGGAAAGCGGAUUGGCGAAAGUGGCGCUGCGAUGCCAUCACGGGCUCAAAUGGUCACACUUCCAACAGCAUGAUUGGCAAGCCGGACGGCCCAUCAUCUGGCGUUACUUCGGGUUUGGGAGACUGGCGCAAUCUGGAUCGUACUGCCAAGCUUCCCAGACAGCUCCCGCGCAUUGGUGAUGAGGACGAGAGCCCGUGGGGGAAGCCAACAAAUCAGACAAAUCUAUUGGAUCGCUUCAAAAGGACAGAGCGACAACCAGCUGGGAAGGCCGAGGCAUUAUCUACUACAGCAGCAGUAGACCCCUCAUCAGAGCAGGCGGUGCCGACAGUUCAGCCUCCGCAAAAGCAACCAAAUGCCAAGGGCGUCCGUUUCGAGGAGGAUCACAUUAUCCAGUCAGAGGCUUCGACUGCAUCAACAGAAUCUGCUAGCUCUUCCCCCGCGCGGAACUCUCCCCUUCUCGGUAUGCAGGACAGUUCCAAGAAGAACUCGGAGCUCUCAAAUGAGGCUGCCGCUACGCCAGCGAAACGAGAAGCGGAAGUGGACUCGAUCACGAUCACACCCACGAAAGCCAACGACAAGGUAGACUACAGCAUUGGCACCGACCCUGCCUCCAAGAAGGCUGCCAUCGCGGUCAGCAGGGGGUACUAUGCGUCGCGCCCCUCGAACACACAUGCCGCUCGGCUGCUCGCCAGUCCCAGCUGGAGAGAGCGCAACACUGCCACCAGCGAAGGCUUUCUCGCCGGCUACUUUGCCAAGUCGCGUUUGCAUCAUCUGAGCACGUGGAAGACGAGCUUGCAAGACAUGGUCAGCUCGGCAUUGCGUGAAGCAGGUCGACCUUUAGGCAGCUCCGACUUACCCAAAGGCGUGCAGCGCGUCAUCAUGCACAUCGACUUUGACAGCUUCUUCGUCGCUGUUGGUCUCAAGAAGCGACCUGACCUGCACGAUAAGCCGGUCGUCGUUUGUCACGGCUCGGGUUUUGGCCUACCCGCUCCCAGGGCAGGAGAUGAGAGUCGGCCGGCAGAUAAUCAAUCGACGAGUACGUCUGAGAUCGCUUCUUGCAGCUACAAGGCACGCGAAUCCGGCAUUCGCAACGGCAUGAGUCUCGGCCAGGCCAAGCGCCUCUGUCCGCAUGUCGAAACCAUACCGUACGAUUUUGAAGCGUACAACUCGAUCAGCCUCACUUUUUACACAUUCUUGCUCGAGCAUUCGGACGCGCUUCAGGCCGUGUCUGUGGACGAGGCGCUGAUCGAUGUCAGCCUGCUUCUGCAACGAAUGCGACAAGGCGAUGCUACAGCUGGCUCGCUGUACGACCGCUACCGCGACCACUUUGGCUCACAAGGACAAGUGUGGACGGCAGAAAAGCAGCUCGCGGAAGCAUUUCGGGACGAGAUUCGAGACCGCUGUGGUUGCGAAGCAAGCAUCGGGAUUGGGUCCAACAUCCUCUUGGCUCGACUUGCCACCCGCAAAGCCAAGCCGGGUGGCUCGUUUCAUCUGACCGAUGACGCCAAGCAGCCUUUUCUGGAUGCGCUCGAUGUUGACGACCUUCACGGCAUUGGUUGGAGCUUACGGGAUCGCAUACGUGAGCUAUUUGAGACGAUCAACAUCGGGGGGAUUCUUUCCAAGACCAACGAGAGAAAGCUUAUCGCCGAAUUCGGACCAAAGAAAGGCAAAAUGAUCUGGGACAAGAUGCACGGCAUCGACGCUGAUCGACUCGAGGGAAACAAGCUUCGACAAUCGGUAGGCUCUCACGUCAACUAUGGCAUUCGCUUCUUGACUGAGCAAGAGGCCGAGAACUUUGUCACUGGCAUGUGCCAGGAGGUGGCGCAGCGAGCGAAUGCUGUCAAGCUGCGCGGAAGGCAGGUGUCUGUGCAGGUCAUGGUGCGUGCCAAGGAUGCACCCGUCGAAGCACCCAAGUUUUUGGGGCACGGUGUCUGCGAUACGCACCAUAGGAGCGUGCAGGUCAGUGGGCCCGGCGGGGUAGCGAUCGAUGAUGAUGCCAGGAUUCGAGCAGCUGCUUGGCCACUCAUCCGAGAUCUCAAAGCCGAUCCUAAGGAGCUUCGUGGUAUCGCCAUCAGUCUCAACAAGCUGGAGCCUGCCGAGGGCAAUGCCUUGUCGCCGGUCAAGCCAAAGAGUGGGCAGUCGGUGCUAAAUUUCGGCGCUGCCGGUCGCGUGUCGAAGGCAGAGUCCACAUCGGCAUCGUUGCCUCCGCAUCCCGAAGAUGACGCAGAGGAAGCCAGCGACGCUGAACAAACUGAUGAGCCUGGUGUUGUGCUUCCUGCUUUGUUGGAAAAAGGUCCUGGGGCAGCUACACCAAGACGACUUGGUGACAAGCCGAAGGUGCAUUCAAACAAGUCACCUGCAAUCGAGCAUUCCUCGAUCAAGCUGCCUCCUGCAACACAGCUCAUACUGCCUUCCAAGUCGCAGAUCGACCCUGAUGUCUUUGGCGCUCUUCCGACACAGUACCGUCGGCAGAUCGAAGCCAAGUUCGGAGAUGCCUUUGAUAACGAGCUUGAGAGCGACCCAGAAGCCCAUGUGGACGAAGGGGUUCAAACGUCAGACGCUGACCCGCGUCCUUCCCAGAGUCAAUCGGGAUCGCAAAGCCGACCAAGAGUGCUGCCGCGCUCCACGCCAACCACACCGCAGAGAGCCAAAGCUGCUCCGUCUGCCGCGAUGGCGGAAGCGCUGAUGUUGCCGUCUGCAUCUCAGAUCGAUCCUGCUGUUCUUGCCGAACUUCCUGAUUCCGUUCGCAAGGAGAUCGAGCGUCAAGUGGGCUUCAUAUCGAAUGAAGCUUCGUCUGGCCCAUCUUCGCUUGAAAGCACGCCGACCUCGGCAGCGCGCAAAAAGACAGCAACCACUUCCACACUUGCCGGCUUUCUUCGACAAGACAACAGAGCUGCUGAUCCGCGGAACGCUCUGUUUAGGUCCGUCUCUGAAUCACCGACAAAGAAGAGGGUGGUCCAUCGGUUGCUGCACGCAGCAGGAAGCUAUGUUGCGCCAGAUCAGCCGCUGGUUGAUCGCGAAGCUGUGUUGGCGAUGGAUCCGAGCAAAAUCUCGACCGAAGCGCUCGAGGCUUUGGGCAUCGACGCUGAAGUGUUUCGCGCGCUCCCGGUCGAGUUACAGCGGGAGAUGUUUCGACACCAUUCAGAACAGAAAAAGUCGGAAAAGGCGCGGUUCAAGGCGGGCAAGACGAAUACUUUCGAGGAAAUGACGUUGGCCGAACAGAGGAGGAGGGCGACGGUGCGAGCGGCGCAGAAUGAGGUGGCGGCGCAAAAGGCAAUGGAAGAGCGGCUGCGAGCGCAUCACGGUGAUGGAAAGAGCAAGAAGAGUGCAGCGGUGGCAGGGAGAAACAAUGAGGAAGAGGCGCUACACAAUCCACCGCUGUAUCUCGUUGCCCGGCCCAGGUGGCGCACUCCCCGCAGCGAGUCGCGCAUUUUUGCCGAAGAUGGCCACGCUCUAGUACCGUUCGCAGAUCGACCGUCCAUCCGCGGGCUGAGCCGGUACACGGACGUCGAGACGCUGAUUGGUCAGUGGGUGUCUGCAUUUGCCAAGAAAGGUCCGCGAGCAGGAGAUGUGGAUCGCAUUGGAUCGUACCUGGCCGACCUCGUCCGAUCAGCGGCCGAGACCAAGGUGGAAGACGCGCAGAAAGUGGUGGAGCUCAUGCGGUUGAUCGAGACGCGGCUGGACGAGGUCGAGGCACUGACUGGUGCGGUCAAGAAGGACGAAUGGGAGGCGGCAAGGGCGAGAAUUCGGACAAGUGUGCAGGAGCAGGCGAGGAGGGUCUUUGGUGGCUCAGAGGUUGGGAUGUAG